AUAUAUACCUAAGAUACUAAAUUUAGCUCAACAUUAAUGUUGGUCAUCAUGUUCAACAUGACUAGCAACAUAGCUGUUAUCAUUGGUAUCUUAAUCUCCCUCAUACUCUAUUCAUCAUCUAUAGUUGCUUAUUGCAGAUUACUUGAUAGACUCUAUCUUCCAUCACCACUAACAGGUCCUGAAUCCUUAGCAUUUAACUCCAUUGGUGAAGGACCUUAUACAGGUGUAUCUGAUGGAAGAAUUCUUAAAUAUGAUGAAGAAUGUUCUUGUUUCCUUGAGUUUGCACACAUUUCAUCAGACAGGGACAAUACAAUGUGUAAUGGCAUUUCGGACUUCUCAGAACUCCAAGAAACAUGUGGGAGGCCUAUGGGGUUGAGUUUCGACUACAACACAGGGGAAUUAUAUAUAGCUGAUGCUUAUUAUGGGCUUGUGAAGGUUCCUUAUGAUGGAGGUGCUGCAACACAACUUGUUGCUAAUAAUCUACAAGGAAACCCUUUUGGGUUUCUUGCUGGUGUGGAUGUAGAUCCUAGCACUGGAAUCGUUUAUUUCACCGAAGCUAGCUCACGUUACAAGAUCAGGGAUCUCCAGAAACUACUAAGGAGAAAAGAUCAUACAGGAAGCCUAUUCAGAUACGAUCCAUCAACAAAUGAAACUACAUUGUUGCUCAGCAAUCUAACUGAGGCAUUUGGGGUAGCAGUUAGCAACGAUGGUUCAUUUGUCCUUGUUAGCGAGUAUAAGGCGAACAGAAUCCGGAGAUUCUGGUUAACAGGAGCUAAUGCAUAUACUUCAGAUAUAUUCUUGCGCCUUCCAGGAAGACCAGAUAACAUCAGAAGGAACUCGAGGAACGAGUUUUGGGUGGCAGUGAAUUAUCCUUUUGCAUCCUCACCACCACCAGUACCUCCUGUAUUGCCUCUAGGACUAAGAGUCAACGCGGAAGGUUUGAUUAUAGAGUCUGUGCCUCUUGUUGAGGCGUUUAGUACUGAAUCGGUGAGUGAAGUUCAAGAAUCCGAGGGAAGACUCUAUGCUACAUCGUUGAGUGAUAACUAUGCUACCAUUCUCAAGCUCUAGGUUUUCCCUCACAGCUGCUGUUUGUAUGGUUAUAAAAAAAACAUUGAUGUGUAAUCAUAUGCGUGCCGUAUAUAAUACAGAAUGUUAAAAUAUUA